AUGCAAUGGAACGACUCUGCAGCUGAAGAGGCAUUCAAUUGUGCAGAGAAGCGGUUUCUGGAUAAGAUUGACGGCCUUCCCUGCAACAUACCACUGCCUGAUCCUGAUGCUUACAUUCAUAAAAUAGAUUGGAGCAGCUCCAGAACUAGUACUGGUCCGGAACUGGUUACGGAUAACCAAGAAACUCGAGGCAAAGAUGAAGGAGAGGUUGUUAUUGAUGAUGUUGAGUCCCUUUCGGAUCAGUCAUCUUGGGGCCCUGGAUGGUUGCCGGGGGCAUGGGACGAGUCGGAGGAGGAAUCCGAAGAGGAUGCUAACAGCAGCGUAGAUAAUGAAGAGAAUCUUGAUCACAAGGAAGCAGCAGAUGUAGUAGGAUUUGACAACAGUAUUGGGAAUAACCGGGAUAAAAACAAAAUGGUACAAGAAUUGAUGAUGGGGUUAAUUUUGGAGAGUCCAUUGUAG